GUUCAGUCAACAGGAAAGGUAGAGAGGUCACACAGGAAGGGAUGUAUCAGGGCAGUUCCUGCAGUCCUGUGCGCAGCGCUGAGCCGGGAGCUGCUCUCAUGCUUGGCAGUCUGUUCCUGAGAGCCGGCGCAGAGCAGCAGAGGCCAGACUGGAGUGUUAUUACAAUGCAAAUAUCAUAAGGACAGACUAGAGGAUGGAGCCCAUUGGUGUAGAAGUCGUUUCCACCUGUAACAAGGUUCAUCAACUUCACCCAAUUGAAGAAGAUGAUUCAGAGGACGUAGAACCAAUGGUGGAACCUGCAAACCAAUCAUCAUCAGAAGAUAAGAGCCCAGAGCAUUUAGAAGAACACGACAAUGGAGAGAAUCAGGUGUCUGGACUCACAGAGGCGGCCCACAGCUCGAGAUCCAUUGUUGCUUCUAUGAAAAAGGUCAUAUCUUCCCUAGGACCCAAUGCUUCCUCUUCACUUCCAGAUUUUAUUCACGUUAAUGACUGCUUGAAAGAAAGGUCUGAAAAAACCCCUGAUCAAACGGAAACCUUUUUGUCAGAUCUCAACAUCCAUCUUGUUAUGGUCCGAGGAGGCGUCCCUGAUCCCCAACUCCAAGCAGAACUCAGGAAUAGACUCCGUCUACUGGAGAAUGACAACAAGGACGUGGCUGCAGUCUUCUGUGAGCUGUCAGCUCGGCUGCUGUCUAUUGAGAGUGAUAAGGAUUUAAUAACCGUGACCUUCAGAACACUUGAAGAGAUAUGGAAAUUUUCUACUUACUAUUCCCUUGGAUUCCUGAAUCACUGCAUGGAGGACAUAUUUUUAGACCAGACUUUUUGGCUGACUUCUCCAGAGGAACAAGAUGCUGGGAUUCAAGUCCUGUUAAAUGAAGGCUUACUAAGUCUCAUUUACAAGAGUCUUUUAAUGGAGGAAGGGAUGUACUUUGUCCUGUGCUCUGACAACUCCAUACAGCAGGCUGUGGUUGUCGACGGUACUGUGCAGAUAGUUCAGUCCAGCUCUGCUGCUGAUAGUCCAAGUGCUGCAUGGACAGAGAUAGAUUCUUCCACAAGCGAUUACAAGGCACAGAACCCUAGGACUAUCACUGAGCCACUAUGUCCAUUCCAUCAGUGGUUCCUGAAAACAAAUUUAGGUUCUGAUAUCAAGGACAUAUCUGAUUCUAGACAGCGAAAUCAGAUUGUACCUACAGGUUGGGUGAAAGCCGUAGUAAAUCAUGAAAGUGAUGCCCCGGAUGAGAUCAGCUAUGAGAGGGGAGACAUGAUAGAGAUAAUCACCACCUAUAUUGAAUGCAUGGAUUGGUUUGUGGGAAGAAAUAUAACCACUGGAAGCACUGGAUUUGUGAAAACAUGCAAUAUGAAACCUCAUAUGUCAGAGGGACAGAAGAGCACACACCUUCCCAUAGAUGACACUGAACUGAGCCUAAAAAGCUCAGAAGAAGACUUUGAUUUUGAGGCAGCAAAGGCUUUACUGCAAAAGAUAUCACAAUCUGACGUCUGCCACUUGUACAAGCUCGAUCAAUUUGAGGAAACAGAAAUUUGCCAAAAUAAAGAGAAUUUGCAUGUAUCAUCAAGUAUCGAUAGCAACAACUUAAAAGAAAAGUUGGAGACAUUUCUGAGUCGGACUGCCUCUGCCUCUUGUCUACCAUGCAAGGACACCUCCAGUGAUUUACAAGAUACAAACUCUGUUCAUUCCCAAAUCCAGACUGCUCUCAAUGAAUAUGAGGACCCCAUCUUCUGUAUCUGUGUAGAAGAGGAGAAUCAUGAACCUUUACUCUCAUUUCUAAACAGUGAAAAGUAUCAGCCAAGCUUCAAAAAGCUUUAUGAUGUCUCAUAUACCUUCUUACAAACCUUAUUUCAUGGAUAUGAUGAAGAAGAAGAGUUGGUUCGGUACCUUAGUAUGGUCCGAGGAGAAGCUAAGAAGUCCUGUUUGAAAUGGGCCCAGGCAAGAAUUUGCUUUCUUCUGGGCAGGCUUUGUACUAAGAGAAACAAGUUCUCCCAAGCUCGUGUUUACUUUGAAGAAGCCAUGGUAGUCAUUAAUGGGGACUUUUCUGAUAUUUUUCUAUUUGCUGCUGUCCACAUGAACCUGAAUGCUAUCUACUUAAAACAAAAAUCAAAGGACAAAAGCUGGCUAAUGAUCGACAAGUCUUCUUCAUUAUUCCUUGGACUGCAAAACUAUAUAAGCAGCACCGAUAUGGAGCCUGCAAUUCUGAAAUAUGCCUUGAAAAAGGUGAUACUGAGUCAAGACCAGAAGAGUGAGAUAAAGGUUUGUCAGCUUCUAGUCAAGACUUUCAUCGACUUGAGACAACACAAUGAAGCUUUGCCAUUUAUCGAGAGGCUCCAAGCCUUGAACAACUCAAUGGACUCCAGUAAGAGUUUUUCGUCAGGGUACUACUUUCAGAUGGCUGAUAUUUAUACUAAGAAGUGUUUACCACACUUGACCUUGAGCUGCGUUAAAGUAGCUUCUAAGGUUUCUGGUAGCAUCAUGGACACUUUAAGAAGGAUUAGUUUCAUCACAGAAAACACUUCUAAGAGACUUAAAAGACCAAGGACGAUAUUUCCAUCUCAAAUUGCAUAUCAUCUAAGACAUGCCCUUAAAUCAGUGGUCACCAGUCAAGACCAGGAACUAUGUUGCUUCAUAUAUCUGAGCUUAUCGGACAUAUGCUCAAGUCACAGGCUGUACAGAGAAGCUCGAACAUAUAUCAUGAAGGCAAUGGACACUUUUCCCAUGGAUAUAAAGUACAGGGUGGACAUUUUUGUAUCACUUGCAUGGCUCUACAUGCUUGAAGGAGAGAGCAGUGUUUCUCUUGAUAUAUUGAACAGAAUGGUGUCAUUUCCUGACUGUACACAACACCAGCUUGGAAUUGCCCACAACCUUGUUGGUAUUGCUCUAAGACGAGGAGGUAAAAUUGAAGACGCGGCUAGACACUACUGUAUAGCUUUGCAGAUCUCACGAGAGGUGGUAAAUCUGCAGAACCAGGCAGCUGUGCUGGCUAACUUUGGCAUGUUAUUCUUGCACAUGAAUGCUCGGAUUCUGGCAGAAGUAUUCUUGGUUAAAUCAGUCAUCCUUUAUUCUGGACUUCCAAUUAUGGAAAAUGGGGCCAAUUUUAUAUAUGUUUUAUUAAUGCUUGGAAGCCACUACAUCACAGGAGACCAUAAGGAAAAGGGAAGAUCAUAUUAUGAAUGGGCACUACUUGUUGCAAUGGAAACAAACCAUUUGGAAGGUCAGCUUCGUGCCGUCCAGCUCCUGUGUCAUUUUUACAACACACUUGUAGUUAAUGAGGCCCAGUGCAUCAUUUAUAAUGAAUACCAGCUGUCCUUAGCCAAGAAAAUGUCUGACAAAGUGUUGGAGGGUCAAGUGCUUGAAACAAUUAGCCAGCUGUAUCUAUCUUUAGGUACUGAAAGAGCCUGCAGAUCGGCACUGGAAUAUACGAAAAGAAGUCUGGGCAUUUUUAUUGAUCUUCAGUCUAAAGAGAAAGAAGCCUGCGCUUGGUUAAUGGCUGGGAAGAUUUAUUAUAUUCUGGGCCAGAACGAACUGGUGGAUCUGUAUGUACAGGUCGCUCAGAAUGUAGCUCUGUGCACGGGGGAUCCACAGCUAGGCAUGCAACUGUAUGAAGCUAGCGGAGAUAUAUUCUUCAAUGGAACCAAUGACAGAAAUAAGGCGACAACCUUUUACAGGGACUGCGCCCUGCCGCUUGCCGUGAAGACGGAGAAUGUGACAGCGGAGCUGCGACUGUGCAAUAAACUCACAGAGCUACUGAUGAGCACGAAGAACUACCAGGAAGCACUGGAACAUGCCAAGAUGGCGCUGGCCCUGAGUGUCAAUUUAGGGAAUCAGCUGAAUGAGCGGGUCUCGUAUCACAGAUUAGCCGGGAUUUACAGCCACCUGAAUCAGUCAGAACUCGCAGAGCAUUUCUACCUGAAAGCACUUUCCCUCUGCUCGUCUCCCCUGGAACUAGAAGAGGAGUCUGUUUACUACAUGAAAGUUUACCUGGUCCUAGGGGACAUCAUAUUCUAUGACCUGAAGGAUCCCUAUGAUGCGGCCGGAUACUAUCACCUCGCCCUGGCCGCGGCUAUGGACUUAGGCAACAAGAAGUCCCAGCUGAAGAUUUACACCCGACUCGCCGUCAUUUACCAUAAUUUUCUAGUCGACCGAGAGAAGUCACUUUACUUUUAUCAAAAAGCCCGGACCUUUGCCACAGAACUUAAUGUACGAAGGAUAAACCUCUCUUCUGGGCAGCAAAACCAGGCGCCGACUCCCAUUUACUGAAUGGGGAGGGGGGGGGGGGGGGGGGGCAGGGAUUUUAUCAUGAAAUAUUUAGUUUUAUCAUUUACUAUUGUAAAUUCUGCAAAAGAACAUAAAUACUUUCCAGUACUGACGCCAAUUGGUGCGACCGUUUUGAUUGUGUAG